UAAAGUCAAGGUCAGUCGAGCACAACCUAUUUUGGUAGACUGGUUUCGUGCGCCUCGAAGUGCAACCAUAUAUAACUGUGACGUGUGUCACUCAUGCAGACAUAUAUAAGUAGUAUGUAUCAAAAAUUGGAAGUGGGAUUAUUACUGACAAAAGAGGAACAUCAUGAAAAGAGAAUGAUGGAAGCAGUUCAAGCAGUAAUGAAAAUGCAAGAACGAUGGAAUUUGUAAGAGAUAAUUCAAGGAAGAUAUGCAAAUGAUGUAUUCAGUGUAUUGUUUUCAUAUUUUAGAAAUGCAGUAUGAUUUUACUUAAUACAAUAAAUUAGUUUGCCUCGCCCAAGUCAUUAUAGAACCACUUUAAUAAUUAAAAAUAUGAUAAAUAUUCCCAUGGAUGCUUCAAAUUUUCCCAUUGAUUAUCGACUUACUAUAGUUAAAGUUUAUCUAGACACUUUUCUUCCUUUCUUAAACGUAAAAAAUAAAGCUUCCUCGAGAAGUUCUCUGGUUAUUGACCACACUUCGAAAAAAGUUUUAAUUUUAAGAAAUACAUUCACAAGCUUUCUACUUUCUGAUUUUAUUGAAUUAAGUUCAUAUCUACUGAUAUAUACAACUAGUUAAAGUAUCUUAAAUGAUAGUUGUUAUUUUUUAUUUACCGUGUCAUUUGUUUUUUUUUAAAUCAUGUGUAUUAAACAGUUUAUCGAUGUUGGAAGAAGUUAAACAUUCUACUCCAGACUUUCGUACUCAGAGAAGAAAGUCUACCAGAAAGAGUCUUCUUAUAUGUCCUCCUUGUUUGACUGAACAGAAUUUAAAUGAGCAUACUUUAUCUAGUGAUGUGAAGUCAGAUAACGAAAUUAAUGACGACGGACUAACUGAUGAACUUGCCAAAAGGUAUCAGGGUGAAAGUCGGAAGUGGGAUCAGUUGGUAGAAGAAUAUGAAACACGUUUGAUUCCGGCCGAUAAUCGAAUCGAUAUGCCUUCCGAAGAAUGGAUUAAGACAGAUCGUGUAACCCGUAAAUAUGAAGAUAUAAUUUUUCCCCAAAAGUAUUUUGAUUCCUAUGAUUCCCUGGACAGUUUGGCGGACUCUCUUCUAGACACACAUAAUGAUAUAUUUUUUGAGUUAGAGAAACUUCCCCAUUUAAUCGAAAGGCAGGAUAUGUUUUUAAAGAGCUUUCGGAAAAAAAUGCGUUUGAAACAAAAUGUUUCUCAAGAUUCAUACUUCGGUUCAGCAUCACCAUUGUCUGUUAUAUCUAGCUACCUUGGAGCUGAAGUGUGACGUUUUUUUUUAAAUAUAAACUUGUUUCCACAUAUUUAUUAGGUCAAUAGUUUCAUAAUACAUAAAUCUCAAUAGAAAACCCUUAAUUCAUAAAACGAUUAUUUGUAUGG